ACCCCACAACUAAGUUGCGUUUUCUUGCUUCUUUAGCCUCUGCCACUUCUUCUUUUCAAUCUCUGUCUCCAAAAUUUCAAGUGUUUUUUUUUUUAAGGAUUUUUUGCUGCCUCGAAAUUUCACAAAUUCCGUGAAAACUUUUGGGGGAAUAAAAUUAAAAUGCGGGUAGCAUUAUGGGGGGAGAAUAUGGGAUUGGUAUGAAAUUCAUUAGAAAUUCGAUUCAAGGUACAAACAACCGUAUGAAAUUGGAUUAUCGGAAACCGGUGGAAGAAUAUAUGGGUUCCGUCGUUGCAUUUGGAAGUGGAUUCCGAUUCCGAUUCCGAUCGGUAAUCGAUUCGUAUUCAAUAGCUUCUGAGGCAUUCUCUGAAAAACAACAACAGAUUCUCUCCUCCUCCUCGUCUUUGCUUCCGAUCAGGGUCAAUUUUGACCUAUAACAGCCUUUUCUGCCUUUUUCCCCCCUCAUAAUUUGUCUAUUUUCCCUUCUUCUUUUUUUUUGUGUGUAUUUUGGCUGUUUUUUUUUGGAAUUUUCGAUUGGGAUUUAUAGUUGUGGCGUCGGUUAGUUCUUUCUGCACAUAAAAAAAUGGAGGCGGCUGAUGGUUGUGAUUUUGCUGAGAAAGAUCCGUCGGGUCGAUACGUUCGGUAUGAUGAGAUCCUGGGGAAGGGAGCAUUCAAGACUGUUUUCAAGGGAUUUGACGAAGCUGAUGGAAUAGAGGUUGCGUGGAACCAAGUCAAUAUCGAAGAUGUAUUGCAGACGUCUGAACAGCUGGAAAGAUUAUAUUCGGAGGUUCACCUUUUGAAGUCAUUGAAACAUGAAAAUAUUAUGAAGUUCUACAAUUCCUGGGUGGAUGAUAAGAACAAUUCCAUCAACAUGAUAACAGAGUUGUUUACUUCUGGAAGUUUGAGGCAAUACCGUAAGAAGCAUAAAAAUGUUGAUUUGAAAGCCAUCAAGAACUGGUCACGGCAGAUCCUUAGAGGUUUACACUAUCUGCAUAGUCACAAUCCUCCAAUCAUUCACAGAGAUUUAAAAUGUGAUAAUAUAUUUGUAAAUGGAAACAAUGGAGAAGUCAAGAUCGGAGAUCUCGGGUUGGCAACCGUCAUGCAGCAACCCACUGCUCAAAGUGUAAUUGGAACACCUGAAUUCAUGGCUCCAGAGCUUUAUGAUGAGGAGUAUAAUGAGCUUGUCGACAUUUAUUCUUUUGGUCUGUGCAUGUUGGAGAUGGUUACUUGUGAUUAUCCAUAUAAUGAAUGCAAAAAUCCUGCACAAAUAUAUAAGAAAGUUUCCUCUGGUAUUAAGCCUGCUUCCCUUGGCAAAGUGAAUGAUCCCCAAGUUAAGCAGUUUAUUGAGAAAUGUCUUCUUCCAGCAUCUAUUAGAUUGCCAGCUGCGGAGCUCUUGAAAGAUCCAUUCCUUUUGGCUGAAACCGCCAAGGAUGUUCGCGGUGGUCCACUGCAGUUACCAAAUGUUAUGCCCCAAUUAGUAAAUUUGAUCCAGCCUGAACCUCAUCCAAUGGACAUAGUUCAUCCAAUGGACAUAGAUCCUAACUGCAAAAAGCUUACGAAAAGCAUCAAUGCGGCUCCUCGGUCCUCAACUCUUGAGCUACAAUGUUUCAUAGAGAAUAACGAAUUCAGGUUAAAAGGGGAGAAAAAUGACGAUCAUACAAUUUCAUUGACCUUGCGUAUUGCCGAUCGAUACGGUCGAGCAAGGAAUAUCCAUUUUUCAUUUUAUCUAGGUUCCGAUACUGCUAUUUCAAUCACUGAGGAGAUGGUCGAACAACUUGAUUUGUCAAAUGAAGAUAUAAUAGCCAUUGCAGAGUUGAUUGACAGCAUGAUCUUGCAGCUUGUACCCUACUGGAAACCUUCAUCUGGAAGCCUUAGUGAUGUCACUAUUAAAACAGUCAGUGAGCAAGGAGUUUUCUCAGAGUUGGCUGUUGUGAAAUGUCAAGACACCCAAGAAUCUCUCAGUUCUGAUAUAUCAACCGAAUGUGACGGAGUGGUAGCCUCAGAUGGAAGUAAUAACAAGCUAAUGGGAUCUUCGGGUUACAGUAAUGGUGAGUACCAUACUGAUUCAAGAACAUAUGAUUUUGGUUUAGAUAUUGAAUGUGUUUAUAAUCAUUUCGGACAUAAAGAAGUGAGCGACGAGGAAAACCGUUGCGAAUCUUUUGUGAUAAAUGACUCUGUAAAUUACUCUGAUACAUCCUACUUAAUGGAUUCAUGUUCAUUUGCAUCACAAGAUAUGAGCUUGUCAAGCAUUUGUUCUAUGUCAGUGGAAGACAAGGAUAAGUUUGAGGAGCUGAAGUUUGAGCUUGAUGCCAUUAAUUUACAGUAUCAGCAGUGUUUCCAAGAGCUCAUGAGGUUGAAAAAUGCAGCAAUGGAGAACGCCAAAAACAGGUGGAUAACAAAGAAGAAAGUAUCUGUUAUGUGAUGUGCAGUUUCCCUCUUCCCCUUUAAUAGUUUUCUUUUUUUUUUAAAAUAUAGAAACUCAGUUGUUGACAGAUUUCAUUUUUUUUAAUGUUACUAAAUAUUGGAUGUA